GUAAGGAGUCCUGCUUUGCCACCAUGAAAGCUCGGCUGGGCAGCCUCCUAGUCCUUGCCACUUUGGUGACAGCAUCCAAUGCAGCGUGCUCUAUUCAAAGACUCAAGAGACUUCCAAACGAAAAGUCUGAUGAAUGCACAGAUAUAGACGGUGGCAAGCACGUCCUUAACACUUACUGGCAGAAGAACUGCGAGUGGUGUUUCUGUGACAAAACUGCGAUCACCUGCUGCACCAAAACUCUUAUACCUGUGAGCUAUGACAAAAAGAGGUGUCAGAGACAAUUCCACUCAGAGAACUGCACCUAUAGUGUGGUGGAACGGACGAACCCAGGAAAGACCUGUCCAGUCAACGGCUGGACAAUAUAAAUGUGCUUCUUGGGGGCCCAAAAGUGGAGCAAUAUUUGAACAUUGUAUGAAUUAAAGUUACCAGUCAUAACCACGCAAGGAGGUGACCUACAAUCCCAAGACUCAGAAGGCAGAGCCAGGAUGUCUUGAAAAACUCGAGUAAAUAAAUACAUGAAUAAAUGUUUGCCAAUCCUA